AUGAAGGACGGCGUUUCCCUGGAGAACCUCCCACACCAGCUGCGGACCUGCGGGGGGAACGUCCUGGUCGUCGUCCCUGGUCGUGCGCCGAUCUGCCUCCGGUGCCACCGAGCGGGGCACAUACGCCGAGACUGCAGGGUGCCCCGGUGUAACCUGUGCCAGGCCUUCGGACACGAGGCCUCGUCGUGCGUGAAGACGUACGCCCGCGUCACUGGCAACAACACCGCCGUGGCGUCGGACGACGCCGAGUGCAUGGACGUGUUCGUGGCCGAGAGAGCAGCAACAGCGACGACGCCGACAGACCAGCAAACCCAGGGUGGGCCCGCAGAGAACGACAGAGUCUGUGAUGAGGCGAAACCAAGACCCUCGCCCUGGGCAUCACAAGUAAAGGCGGCCCCCGAGGUACUCGAAGAAGUCGCGGCUGAAAAGGUGACAAACACUCCAGACCUCCCAGCGGCAACCGCCGUGCCGGGGGACGAUGACGGCAAGGACCAUGUCGACGAAGACGUCGGGACAACCGUUCACGACGAAGUCAAGGGCCAGGGUGACGACGACGGCAAGCCCGAGGGCGAAGGUGGCGUCGACGCCAGGCUCAAGGACGCGGAGACUGGAGCGGCGAGGCGACGGCACGAAGGCGUAAGCUCCAAGAUCGCCGACAGGGAACUGCGACGCCUCGAGCGCGUGUGGGCUGGCAACGGGGGACUUAACCCUCAACGGUUGAGGUCUCGCCAGCGCAGGGAGGAGCAACCGAAGUGA